UGUCUUAGGGUUGGCCAAUGCAUGAACAUCACGAACCAGACAACCACCAUCUCGCUGGCCCCGUACUUGCGGAACAGACGGGAGGGCGGCUGGUCCGAGUGGUCAAGCUUCACGAACUCGUGUUCCUCGGACUGUGGCACAGGCCUCCUUCUGGCAUCUAGAAUGUGUGACGAACCCACACCCAUAAUGGAAAACUAUUGCCAGGGUUCAAAGUUCAAGGCGAUUUUGUGCAAUACUGAGCCCUGUCCAGGGGAUCAGGUGAAGAGCGACACUGAGCUGAAGCAGGAUCGCGCCACCUACACGUGCAGCCAGCUCCUCAGGCGCCGCGUCCUCAACAAGGACAAGUUUGCCAUCAGGGGGGACAACAUCCACGACAAUGCCGACGCGGCCAGUAACUGUGCAGUUGGAUGCAGGGAGUCGUCCUCGCCAUUCUCAGUCUCUACUGUCGUCAUGGCCUUUCAGCCAGAUGGCGCCCCUUGCGGUACCAAGGGCCUGGAUUAUUACCUGCGAGGUGUACAACACAGGUGUAUGCGCGGCUUGUGCACAGGUUUUGGCUGUAAUAACCGGUCCGUGGACGGAAGUGGCGAUGCUGUCGUCAAAGAUGUGUGCGGUGUUUGCGGCGGAGAUAACUCUUCGUGCGCUUAUGGAAUCAUGAACGCUCCAGUGCCUGCAGGUAAGAGGGUGAAGAUCUUUAACCUGGCAGCUGGAACCAAGGAUAUCUUAAUUGUUUUUGAUUACAACGAUCAUGCCUGCCUGGCAACUGAGCUGUACACCAAAGACGAGCAGCCAGUGAUCAAGCACAGCGACCCCAGGAGGCGUGUGGUGGACAACAGCCACAACCCUCGGCACUUCGCCGGCGCCUACUGGACAUACGUCCAUCGAGCUCAGCUCCUCUCCGCCACCGGGAUGUUGACACAGCCAGUGAUGCUGAGGCUGUACAAUAGUGGAAGUAAGAACAUCACUCAGACUGUAACCUGGCGGUUUGACAGUCCAAUCUCGAUGCCGGUUGUCAAGUGUAGCAAUGGAGGAACCCCGUGGCUUGGCGGCUGUCUGUGUAAAACAAAUUUUUAUGGUGCAAGGUGUACCGACACGUGCUCCCUCCUGUGCCACAAUGGCGGCCAGGCCCACGACAGACGAUGCUCGCGCUGCACGUGCAGUGAGUUCGCUCAAGGCCGCUUCUGUGAAAGAUGUGUGGAGGGCCGACGGGGCCCUGACUGCAGGGAAUGUGUCGUGAAGGUCUGCUACAAUGGUGGUGUGUACAACAACUCAAACUGCUCGUGUUCCUGCCCCGUCGGAUGUCACGGCAAGGACUGUAGUGAUUGCAUUGAGGGUCUUAAUACCGAACAUUCAUCGACGCAUUAUCGUGGUGGCUGGAUGUCCGAAAUCGAGCCUGUGUCAGACAACACCAGAUCAUCUCGAGAUCCACAAGCAUCGAAUAUCACAGUGAACGACGAAGCAAAGAAAAUCCAGAAAUCAGAAGGUUCUCGAAAGUCAAGUGGACGCGACGGCGUCUUUGUAUGGACGAAUCUUUUCUUUUGCUGUAUGUCUUUCUUGGGUUUUGUUGUCAUUAAAAUGUCUGGAAAUGAAAGUUAAUGCGGAGACAAAACAUGUAUUUGUCUUGAGGACAGGCCGUGCGUUUAUCAUUCAAGUCUAGUAAACACAUUAACUCGUAAAAAUAAUAGUAUUGAUAAACAUCUGUUCUAUAAUCUCUUGAAAGUUUGGUCAUCUUUUUUGGUAGAAUCGGCAAAAAAAUACGUUUAAGAAUCAGAGGAAAAGUAAUUUUCUCAGACAUAAAAUGGGAAAAGACAAAAGACAAAAGAGUGUUCAUUCACUGGGUACUGUACUUUCCUACCCCAUCAUUAACACUUUGUCGUAAUCGGAAAAAUAAUGUGCAUAAGACCGAUAAAUCUUAAAUAUUUCAUUAAGAAAUUCAUAAAUAGGCAGUUUAUUUUACUUUUUAUGUUUUGUUUUGAUCUGUUUUCAUGUAGUUUUUUCUACCUCAAAGCUUGAAUUUCUUGUCAUUUAGCGAUUUCUUCACUGUGUAUUAGUCUGUAUAUUGUCAAGUAUAUUCUAUUUGUGCUCAA